AUGAAACUUGAAACUGUACUGCAAAAAUUAAGCACGUGUUUUUUAAAACUCGAAUCCGGUUUUGAGUAUGGUUCUCAAGGAAGAUUACUGCUUCGCAACAUUGAAAAUCUCUGGUUUCAUCAGUGCGUUACAACUUCACGGUAUAAUGUCUUUUUAACUGGGAGCGAUAAAUUUUCAAAAACAAUUCAAGACUUGAAAGAUGCGAAUAUUGAUACUUUACCUUUUGGACUGGCUGCCGUUGAGAAUUCCAAACUGUCCUGGAACGAGUCGCUAGUAAAUUCGAAGAAUAAAGCAAUUGUACAUAAAGUAGCAAAAGUUGUUACAUUCUGCGAUGGAACGAAUGCUAAGGAUUUAUUUCACAAGAAGCAAAGGGAACGUAAAGCGUGGUGGAGGAAAAUUGUUCAACAACCGUCGAGAUUUUUCUUAACUGAAGCGAAGAAAGGAAAAAACAAUGAAUCAAUAGACAUAAGAGCAGAAUUUCCCUUUGGAAAUAUAACAGUUGAAACUAUAAAUUAUCAGCGAGAUGUUCGAAAAAUUUUUCUACAGGAUAAAAAUUGCAAUGAUAAUGAUAACGAUAUAAGUGCAGUUGAGCACGUCGCAUCAUUAGAUUGGGGCUGCUUGGUUCUCCUUUGUGAUUCAUUCAAGGAAACAACUUCUUGUUCUGAACUACAGCUACAACCAAAAAUUGCUCCUUACAAAGCAAUUUGUAAGGUUAAUUUAGAAGGCAAUGAAAGUGAAUCAAUUGUUGAAGAUUUAAAUCAACUUGUGCUUUAUAUCAACAAUUUAUUAAGGAGCAGUGGAUUAGGAACUGUUUUAAUAAAUGACAAUUUAUUUGAAAAUAUAUCAAAGCAUCUUCAUGUACCAUUUAUCAUAGGAGUAGACAAAGUUAGCUUGAAAAGUGGAAUUGUUUCAGUUACUAGUCAUGUCACUACUUUAGCUGAAUCAGUUCAUGUGUCACAAUUGAUUGAUCACAUAGCUUCAAAUUGCAAAUAGAUUUUACACUUUUAUCCUUGUCCUUUUUAACAAAAUUAUGGUUCAUGUUAUUAUUUUUGCAAGGAAUGGAUAAAAUGCUAUAAUUUUUAAGAAUUGAGGAGGUUUUCUCAAAACAGGUUCGGAACAUAUGGUAAGAAAACUUUUGUUGUCCUCGUGUAAAGUAUGACAUUUUUAUCAAUAGAGCGUUGAGAAUUUGAUUCUACAGAAGAAAUACGUUUCAUUAUAUACUUGUUUAUAAAUUCCAAAGGACAAUUAUUUUUUAAUAAAAUUCAUUUAGUUAAUUUUGCUUUACACUUGUUUUACAGCACAACGCAUUUACAAGAUUGGUGCAUAUUAAAUUAAUGUUUAAUACUGCAUUUGCAGCAACCUUAAAUUCUUUCUGUGAUAAUUACAUUUGAUUAGUUUUGGUUAUUUAUUUGCCAAUGAGAAAAUUUUGAAGAAUACUUGAAAUUAGUGGACUAAAUAAUAGUAGGAAUUUUGCGGAGUCUGUAUUAAUAAAGAAGACUAUUAAAUGCAAACUUUAAUAGAAUUGAUUGUAUUUUAUUUUUUUAUAAACAUGAAGAGAGAAAUGUGCGCACAAACACUUGUGUACAUAAUUCAUGAUUUGAGU